AUGUUACAAAGCCAGCAAACCGAGGUUGGAUCGUCUCAGUUGAGUCUAUUCGACUCUGAGCCCGACGACUUAUCGUUUAUUACCCCUUCCAACUGCCCAGCUACCCCGUCUACCUCUUGGCAGGUUGACAGCUUCUCGUUCGUUCAGCCGUCUGUUCCUUCGUCUGUCGCCCCAGAUUCCCUAGAACGCUUCCAACGAGUGGGCCCUGGUAGGAGAGGCCAGUUUUUUCUCUACAGCGGGAUGAAUCACAGCGAUUGGGUCGAUUGGUGGUUGGAGACUGACUAUGGAUCAAAUAACAAGAUCACUUGGGAGUCACAGCAUGGUUCCGCUUCGGAGACCUGGAAACAAUUUGAGCAAGUAGCGCAUACGGGCACUGGGAGCCCGAAGGUUAUGUGCAAGCGUUGCGAUGCAAUUCUUGAGCACCCUUAUGCUACAAAGAAGGAUGCCAAUGGGAGGGUUGGUCGUCAUGGCACGACGACUAUUACCCGUCAUCUUCGGACCUUAACCUGCCAAAAGGCCACUGGAGGUCAUCCAGCCGAUCGACCGUUCUCGCAAGAGGCCUGGGAGGAUAAACUCUUACAGUUUAUCACCAUUAACCGCCUUCCGUUUAAUCUCGUUGAACAUCCAACCUUCCGUGACUUGAUCUCGCACUCGCAGUCCGCCCCAACUCCAAGCCUUCCAAUCAUACAAUCGGCUGAUACAAUUCGACGUCGGCUGUCUGUUCGUGUCAAAGAACGACAGCGGGAUACACUCGGCUUGCUACCAGAGCAUGUGAAGAUCUCGGUUGCGUUGGACUGUUGGACAUCCCCGUUUGGGCAGGCGUUUAUGGCUAUCACUGGCUAUUUUAUCGACGCCGACUGGGUCUACCGCGAGGUGCUGCUUGGCUUCAAACCCCUUCAUGGCACACAUUCGGGUGCGAACCUAAGUGCUGUUCUUAUGAGGACGCUCACUGAGCACGGAAUUGUGGAUCGAGUCUUUGGAUUGACCACUGACAACGCGUCAAAUAAUAAGACACUGGUUGAUACGCUUCAACAGUCUUUGUCUGGCGAUAUCAAUGUUAUCCGAGUCCCCUGUCUUGCCCAUGUGAUCCAAUUAAGUUUGAACCAAUUGCUUGAUCGCUUGAAAGCUGUCCCACUGAAUGAUACGACUGAGACCACAUGGACACACCGCCAAGUCAACCUCGCCAAAGCGAAUGCACAAUCCAAGGAGAUAUCGCAUACCUUAAAUAAGGUACGGUAUCUUGCUAUCUACAUCCGCGGCAGUCCGCAGCGUCGGGAGUUAUUCACUGCUGUCCAACCCCUAGGGCAAGGGCUUAUGCCGAUCCAGGAUGUCAGAACUCGAUGGAAUUCAACGUUCCUGAUGCUACGCCGGGUAAAGAGACUCCGCUUUUUCAUCAUGAAGUUCUGUGAUCAGUUCAAUUGCGAAGACCUCACACUUGGCGAUGAUCAAUGGCGCCAGAUUGACUACCUUCUUUGUCUCACAAAGCCAUUCUUUGAUUAUACCCUUGCCCUUUCAAAGACUCGAGACGUGACAUCACAUCUUGUCUUCCAGAUCUACAACUUGCUAUUUGAGCAUCUUGAGAGAUCAAAGAUACAGUUACAACGUAAACGUGUCGUUUGGAAGAAACAGAUGCUUACCUCCCUCGAAGCAAGCCAUGCAAAGCUCUCUGAGUACUACGAGCAGACGGACCAUAUGCGGGGGCAUAUCUAUGCGGUUUGUACGAUGCUAUCGCCGGAUAGUAGGUUCCAGUUCUUUCUUUCUGAUGACUGGGCCGAUGCCAAAAAACUCCGUGAUCAGUAUCGAGUGGCUUUCCAAGAUGCCCUCACUCCUAUCCAGGAACGUCUUAGUAGUGCUAAUGCCCAAGGCCCGCAAGGGUCUUCCUCCGGAUCGACACCAAGAUCAUUCCUUCAUAACUUGGUUCGAAGCCAGAAGUCUCACUCCAAAGUGACGCCAGGCCCAGCUAUAGAUGAGCUGACGCAGUAUCUUGACGGCAAUGUGACUGAUUCGGAGCCGCUCUCCUUUUGGAGAGAGAAUCAAUCCCGUUUUCCAGCUAUUGCUACACUUGCAAGGGAUGUCCUUGCAAUUCCAGCAACUGGUUCUGGCGUGGAACGACUGUUCAACACUGCGCGCGAUAUCUGCCACUAUCGCCGCGGUCGUCUGAAGUCUGAGACUAUUGAGGAGCUGAUGCUAUACCUCUGUACAUCAAGGUUUGAGCUUGAAAUGCAGGAAGCUAAGGAUCUUGAAGAAUUCUUCUCUUCUAAUGAAAUCCAGGCACUGAGGGAAGAAAAGAAUGAGUACCCAGAUAAUGUCGACGUCGAAGCCGAAGAGAUUAGUGACACUGAAGAGCAGGGUGAUGAGUUUGGUUCUAGUGAUCUGAUAGAUGCUGACGAUGACGGUGCUACUAUCACUGCUGCACCGUCUCAGGUGCGGACAUCGGGAAGGAAGAGGAAGCAUGUUGAUGACGAACUGUAUGAACGUUAUUAG